CAGCAGAGAGCACCACCAGACUAGCAGCAGCAGAGAGCAGCGUGGAGAAGAGGUUUCUCUGAAUUGGCAACCAAAGAGUUAAAGUCUGUUCUAUAAACUCUCCCGUGCUUCAAGAAUCGCCUGGAAGCUACUUGUGCAGGCUUUAAAUACUGAUUUGACAGAUCACAUUUUACACACAACCUGCCACUGAGAAAAUAGCCCACGACUACUACCACCACCACCACCACCACCACCGCUACUACUACUACUACUAGCCCCAGCAGCUCCUGGUGUGUUCAAACACACACAGGGACACGAUGGGAACUCUGAGAGUGUUAUUCCUCUUGUCCUUUAUAUCGUCACCGUUGGUGCUCUGCUCCACUGGCAAACACUUUCACCAGGACUCAGCACUCAGACUGGAACAACAGGAUGUACUGCUGAAUAGAGAAGCUAAUCUGGAAGCAAAGAGGUCUAAGAGAGAGGCAGCAGCGUUGUGGCUGGGAGAGGACUAUGACUCCAGCAUGGUCUUCCUGGCUGCUGAUGAACCAGACAACGCCCCAGCUGAGGGGGGUGACGCCUCGGAGCUGCCCACAUGCCUGCUGUGUGUGUGUCUGACCGGCUCGGUGUACUGUGAGGAAGUUGUUCCUGAGAUGACUGCUGUGCCCACCCUGCCCAAGGAGACUGCCUACCUCUACGCCCGCUACAACAAGAUCAAGAAGAUCACCAAUAAAGACUUCGCAGAUAUCGUGACUCUGAAGAGAAUCGACCUAACGGGGAACCUGAUCUCGGAGAUUGAGGAAGGAGCGUUCUCUAAGCUGACCCUGCUGGAGGAACUAAAUUUGGCUGAGAACCAACUUGUCAAGCUGCCCAUGCUGCCCGGCAAGCUCACCACCUUCAACGCCAACCACAACCGGCUCAAAACCAAAGGGGUCAAGGCCAACGCCUUCAAGAAACUGGAGAAGCUGAUCAACCUGUUUCUGGGAGACAAUGCGCUGGAGGCUGUACCAGUGAUCCCGGAGAGCGUCCGCAUUGUCCACCUGCAGAACAACAACAUCACGGAUAUCAGCUUCGAGACGUUCUGCAAGGGCAACAACACGUACUACAUCAGACCCAACCUGAUGGAGGUGAGGUUGGAUGGGAACCCAGUGCUGCUGUCCAAGUACCCCAACAGCUUCACCUGCCUCAAGUCUCUUCCUGUUGGACAGUACCGCUAAAAAGACUAAACUCCCUUGGAGGGGGAAAAAAAAGGGUCUUCUGUUUUGACGUCAUUGGGACUUCCUGGUUAAAUAAAAAGUUUUAAUAGAAAGACAUACAACUUCUACAGGGGCGUAUUACAGUCAGAUGAAAUGUGAAGUUUGCGGAUAGACAGCCAUGUAAUGAAUAGAUCCAACACGAUUCCUUAUUCUACUUGACAAAAGACAAGACGAAUCUACACCAUUACAGUCCAUUUAUGUUCUGAAUGUUCUUCUGUAAAAUGGUGCCUUUCUCGGUCUCUUUCAGAAGACUAGCGGCUGGGAUUGAUAUGUUAGUAAUCUCACUUUAGCAAGCUAGGCCAACGUUGACUUUAAACGGAUCGCCUAUUUUCUGAUUUAUAAAAAGGUUAUUUUACAUUUUGUAUUUGUUCAAGUUUAUGUUCCGAGACCAAAUCAGUCGUCGGGGAAGACUUUGUAAAUACAUAUUUUCUUAGUGUUUUGACUUCUUUAAAAUGUUGAGUCAAGCUUUUGGCUUUCCUCCGAAUUCUGUGAAUUACUUUCAUGCAAACUGGUUCCUAACUUAAACAACUCAAGUAGAAGUUGAUGAGAAAAUAUAUAUCUUUGAAAUACGUACAUAUAGUGAUGUGAAACUAAUGUGCCUGUGCUCACAGCAUCGUAAAAGAUUUGAUAUUAAAAAUGGUCAAAUGAGAGGAGGUAUUAUUUUCUUAAGUCCCUUUCUUUCAAAAUCAUAAUUUCUCAUUUUAUUAUUAUUAUUACUUAUGUGAAUAAACAAAUAUGAUAUAGA